CAGAAAAUGGCUGAUAAGUGUCACAUGUGUCUGCUGGGACGGAUCAUUAUCUGUGCACUUUUCACAGGUAUCAGUGGAGCAGACGUGACUCGUGUGUUCAGUUCUGGUGGAGAUGUCCGUCUGUCCUGUAAUAAUGCUCUUCCUGGCUGCACAUCAACUGUAUGGCUCUAUAACAGACCGUCAGAGACAGGGUCAGCGGCAGAGAAGUCAAAUCAAUCAGCGGCAGUUGAACUGAUUACUUUAGGAAUAAAGAGGACUGACACAGAGAGACACGAGAGACUGAGUCUGGGCUCUGACUGCUCUCUGAACAUCAAGAAAGUCACAAAAGAAGAUCGUGGACAUUACGCCUGCAGACGAUAUGUGAAUGGACAACAACAUGGAGCUGAUGCACAAGUUUAUCUGCAUGUUCUUCAUGUGUCUUCAUCAUCCUCACAGUCUGAGAUCAGAUCAGGCCGCUCUCUGACUCUCUUCUGUCAGUUAUAUAAUGAUGAUCGAGUCUCUUGUAUUACUUUAGUCCGUAUUGAUGGUCUUCAUCUGAUCUGGGUGAAUCAGGCUGGUGUGAAUCUGCAGACAGACUCCAGAUUUCAGAUCUCAUUCUCCUCAGAACAGUGUCUCAUCUCUCUGACUACAACACUCCUGAAUGAAGAUCACAACAGAGAGUGGAGAUGUCAGCUUAAACACAGAGAUCAACUGAAGACCUCAGCCACAUAUACUGUCAAGUAUCCAACUCCAAGCGAAACAAAUCCACCGUCUCCAGUCACCAGCUCUAAAUCAGCUUCAGCUCCUACACAAGCAGCUUCAGCUGAUUCAACACUGAUUCCAGUCAGCAGCUCAAACUCUGAGAAGAAAUCAAGUCAAACUACAGCAGCUUCUACAGAACAAGAAGCAGCUGACACAGCAUCAGAAACUGUAGUCUGUAUGACUGCUGGAUCAUUAAUCAGAGUGAUUGUGAGUAUUGUAGAGAUUGCAGUGUUUGCUGCUCCUACUGUGAUUCUUCUUCAGAUCAUCUGUGCGAGAAGAGCUGGAAGGAAGAACUCUCAUCACCAAAAUGAAAUCAAGAUGUCUGCAGUUCUACAAUGAAAUACUCUCUCUCUCUCUCUCUCUCUCUCUCUCUCUCUCUCUCUCUUUCUCUCUCUCUCUCUCUCUGUACACAGCAAUAAUUAAUAUGAAUAAUUAUGGAUAUUAAUGAUACAGUAUAUGCAUACAUCUUUGAAUGUAAUUUCCAGUAAUCCAUAUUGUACAGACUUUAAUUAUAAUAUUAAAUAAAGUCAUCAUCAAAGUGAGAUAGGUAACUUAAAAGUAUAGUUCACCCAAAAAAGUAUGAGUUGCUUUCUUAUGAUGAACAUUAAAGAAGAUAUUUUGAAGAUUGCUGGUAAUCAAACAGCUGGCGGUUCCUAUUAACUUAUAUAGUACAAAAGAAAAUACAUUAUGGAAGUCAAUGAAAAUGAAAAAAACACAAAGUUAAUGAUAUUCAGUAGAUAGUCAAAAAUAAACAUGCAUAUUGUAUUAACAUCAUAAUAUUGGUGAAAUAAUGAAAAUAGAAUAACUCAAAGGGUUAACUAGAUGGUAAAUGAA